AUGGACAGUCCUGUUGAUACCCACGUACUGAACACUAUAGAUGGGAUUCCUGCAGCACGCAUGGCCCUCAGUCUACAUCGUCUAGACCCUCGGAUGACUCUCUGGAACCUUAUCAGUACUGGAACUACAGAUGAGAAUGGCUACUGUUCAAGGCUCAUCACCAGGCAAAAGUUCACUGUAGGGAUGUACAAAUUACGUUUUGAGACUGGACAGUAUUGGGAAAGUUUGGGCCAGACCAGCUUUUAUCCAUAUGUAGAGAUUGUCUUCACGAUAACAGACCUGGACCAGAGGUUUCAUGUGCCUCUACAUCUCAGCAGAUACACAUACAGUGUCUACAGGAGUACCUGUCGGCAGUAG